UCGUUUGUCCGUGUAUGACACGCCAGGGUCGCAGGUCGCUUAAGCCUCAAGUCUUUACUCUUCAGUGCCACUUAAGUCUUUAAGUGUUCAGUCUGUGUGCCUGUCAGUGCCUUUUCGUCUCUCGGGCUAAGUAGAUCGCAUAUUCGUCACUUCAUACCUACCUGUUUUCUACCUCGGCCACGUGUGAAACUAGGCUGAUAAAUUACUAUUAUAUAUCGCGCCGUAUCUUUCAAUUUAUUUCAAGCGUCUUAACUCAAAUUCCGUGUGCAAUUCAGCAGUCAGGUUCGAAAACCUAACGAGGGAAUAAUCAGUGAAUUGUGAGUGACUUGAUCAGGUGACUGUCUAAAUUCAACCAAGCGAAACUUGAAGAAAUAAGAAUCCAAGAUCAACAUUCGAGAAAAUCAGAAACAGAGGCCAGCUUUUAAAACUCCUUUCCUGUUUUUAUGGCCUAUACGGGCCAUUAAGUGAAUUUGGUGAUACUGGCAUCUUCAAAAGUGACACAAGUGAUCAAUCCAGCAUCUCGAUGUGGGAGUGUGCUAAUAUUAUAUAAUAGCAUGCAGUUCGCAUAUCGGUACACGUGGAACAAAGAGAUCAUCGUCAACUCUCAGAAGCUGGUGAAAAGACGUUGAAUCAACCCUACGGCCCAUGCGAGGAUAGUUACUACCUUGCAGAUUAUUCGAGAUUUAGCCCACCAUCCCCGAAUAUCGUCUAUUCAUAUUCGAAUUGUCUACUCCCACCUUGUGAUUUUGGUAGCCGUUUACUGGAUUUCGGCAUUGCCGCUGCUUCUGUGAUUUGCAUCGAAAGCUGAUAUGAAUGUCAACAUGGCAAGGAUGGCCACUGCGUGUUAUGCUGAACCCUUUUCGGAUUGGUUAGAAGAGAAGAUUAAUUUGCCAAUAUUUGAAGAACUACCAGCCCCAGAAUGUGGUCAGAACAAGGCGGUCAUCUAUCCAAACAUAGGGAAGGUUCAUCACCAGGACACCACCCAGACUUUAUUGCAAGAGUUCGAGACUGUGUUGGGCGACGUCGAGGCAUGUCACCAUCAGAUUAUUCAACCUGUGAUUUCCACCUUGACGCCUCCUCAGUCACCGCCACCCAUGAAAAAUCUGAACGAAGCACACCUGCUCGUUACUCUGCAACCAUUGCAAUCUACUCUUGUGUAUCCAGUCCAGGAGAAUAACCCCGUUGAAACCAUUCCGAUAGAGAAAUCGAUACAAUUCAUAGAUCAAAUCCCAGAACAGUGGAAUGCUGAAAAUUUGUCUUUAGAACCGCUAGGUGGAGAUGUAGCAAGAGAACUAGCCGCCGUUGAUGAAUAUGUGCGCUGCUGUGCGAAAAACAUGUCACCGUCGAGUCCGUGCACUAGCUCAGGCGCCAGUUACAUAUCAUCCGAGGACUCCGUAGAUGAUCCUGACUGGAUAAUAGAUGAUCCAAACCAUCAGUCGCGGAAAGAUCCUUCUAGUCUCUCGAAACCGCGGCGCAAGCCUUACUCCAGACCUUCCGUUGAGGACAAGAAAGUUCGCAAGAAGGAGCAAAAUAAGAACGCAGCAACUCGCUAUAGGCAGAAGAAAAAGCAAGAGAUCAAAGAAAUCCUAACCGAGGAACAGGAAUUGAUCAAUCACAAUGACAAAUUGCAGGACCAACUGAAAGAUCUCCAACGGGAAAUUGGAUACCUCAAGGGGCUGAUGCGAGACCUGUUCAGAGCCAAGGGUCUGAUGAAGUAAUUCACGUGUUAAGGCGGCUCAUUUCGUACCUUUUUUUAAUUAAACGUGUCAUGUAUUACGUUAUUGUUUACUUUUACAAUUUUAAUGUAUCGUUAUAGGGUAAUACCAUUAAUUUUUUAAUUGUAGCCACUUUUGAGCUCGUCCAUUAAGUAAACUCGCGCGGCACUUAUUGAAAUUUUCUAUCGUUGAAAAAAUAUCAAAUAGAGUUUCGCUAAUUCAAUUGAGAUUUCUACAAGACUAUGGGCAUUUGAAAAGAAGAUCAAUGAACGCUCAGACUGUCACAAUCUAGCAUGGGUUAUGAUAGUUACCGAUUCUUAAUAUUACACAUCACGUGAACUUUUCUUUUCUUUUAACCGUUUUGAGCACCAAAGUUAAAACAAGAAGGCUGAAAUCCUUACGAGAAUUAAAGGAUAAAAAUCCCGCGCGAGUACUUAAGGUUCAAGACGUAGGCUUGCUUCUCCUUCUUUUUCAGAUGAAGUAAUUAUUUCAACUUUACUUACGAAGUGAAGAUCAGUUCUUUCUUCGUUUAAUGAAGAGUAGACUGAACAGUUUACCGAUGCAGAUUUUGCGAUGCAAAAAGAAAACAGUAUGUGAAUGGAAAGAAAGAGAAGUAACUCGGUCAAGUUUUAUUGAUGGACGUUUGUACCUCCUGCAUUAUAUUUGUGUAAUAUCAUUCGAUAGUAACAUUUAGGAUCGAUUUAGUCGUGUGCGAAUCGCAACAUAGUUGUAUGAAACGGGCAUGCCCCAUGAUGCAUUUUUUUGCGGAAAAUUGCUGCCCGGGUAAGCAACUGAAUGUUAGUUUGCACAUCUUUUGUAUCGAAUGAUUUCAUUCCAAACUUGUUUAUCCCAAUACAUACCUUACAUUUUUCUUACAGAGGAUUCUGUAUUGAAACAAAUAAAUGGGUUAAUGAGUAGGGAAACAUA